CUUGUCGAGAUAAUCUUCCCAUCAGUUCUAUAAGUUCAUUUGAUUGAUCUAGCUGGGAUACGGUACCAUCGCCCGUUAAUUCCAAAAGCCAUGCCGACGGCCAGCGGCAAGCUGCUGCGGUCCGCCUCGGCCAUUGUGGGAAGCACGGAGAGCGGACAGCACCUGCUCGAGAUCAGCGGCUACUCCGUCGUCAAGGACGCCGUCGCCACCGGCAGCUGCGUCCAGUCUCGGCAUUUCCACGUCGGCGGCCAUGACUGGUACAUCCUCUACUACCCCAACGGCUUCAACUCGGUCGUCUCCGAUUGCAUAUCCAUCUACCUCGCCUAUGGAGGCAACCCUUCCUACCAAGGCUACUACUACUAUCACAGCGGCCCAGCCGUGAGAGCUGAGCUCACUCUGAGCUUGCUCGACCAGGCCGGCGAGCCGGCGGCGUCCUACACCUACCGGCAUGGGGUGCAAGCUUUCCAUGGCCACGGCAGCCAGCAGGGGUCGCCGCGUUUCGUCCAGAAGGCCGUGCUGGAGAGAUCGGAGUACCUCCGGGACAACCGCUUCACGGUCAGGUGCGACGUCACGGUCGUCAAGAAUCCGGAGGCGAAGGAUGUCGUCGCCGGCGGCAGGGUGACCCCGCCGCCACCGUCGGACCUGGCCCAGCACCUCGGCGGCCUCCUCGCCACCGGCGUCGCCGCCGACGUGGCGUUCGAGGUCGACGGCAGGGCGUUCAUGGCGCACAGGAACGUGCUCGCGGUACGGUCCCCGGUCUUCCACGCAGAGCUCUUCGCCGCAGCGGACGAGGACCAUGCCGCAGCUGGCGCCGGCGCCGGUGCCGGUGUCACUGUACGCAUCAUCGACGACAUGGAGGCACAAGACUUCGAGGCGCUGCUCCACUUCGUCUACACCGACUCGUUGCCGGAGAAGAUGGAAGGAGGGGACAUGGCGGCGAUGCUCCCGGACCUGGUCGCGGCGGCGAGGAGGUACAAGAUGGAGAGGCUGAGGCUGGUAUGCGAGGACAAGCUAUGCGAGCACGUCAACGUGAGAACCGUGGCGGCCAUGCUGGCGUUCGCCGGGGAGCACCACUGCCACGAGCUUGAGAAGAAGUGCUUGCAGCUCCUCGACGAUCCGGCAAACCUGAGGAAAAUCGUGGAGACGGAUGGGCUCGAGCAUCUGACAAGAAGCUACCCUCUUGUCCUGAGGGAUCUAAUUGCCAAGUUCGCUACAAAACCGUAG